UCCCUCAGCCCAGCGUUGCCCUCACGCAGCCGGAGGAGAUCCCGGCCCAUCCCGGCCGAUCCCGCGACGCCGGGGCGGGCCUGUCCCGCCCAUCCCGGCGGGCGGCGGUGAUCCCGGAGCGUGGAGCCUGCGGUUGCCGGGGCAGCUGCGGGAUGAGACAUUCUUGCAUGGAUGUGUGCGUGUGCCAGGGUGUCCUGCCGGCCCACGCCGACCCCCGCGGGGAGCUGAGCGCCGGGCAGCUGCUCCGCUGGAUGGACGCCGCCGCCUGCCUCGCAGGUGAGAAACAUGCUGGUGUGUCCUGCGUGACAGUGUCCAUGGAUGACAUACAGUUUGAGGAGGCUGCCAAAGUGGGACAAAUUAUUACCAUCAAAGCAAAGGUGAACAGAGCAUUCAGAACCAGCAUGGAGGUUGGCAUCAAGGUUGGAGUACAGGAUGUUUUGACUAAUGUUGAAAAAACUGUGAGUGUGGCAUAUGGAACAUAUGUAGCCAAACCAGUUGGUGCUGGAAAGGUUGAGUUAGAACCUGUAAAGCUUCUGUCCGCAGAAGACCACCUGGAGCACAGCCUUGCUAUUGAGAGGAGAAGAAUUAGACUGGGCUAUUUCCAGAUCUUUCAAAACCUAAUGCAGGAGAGUAAUAAGGAAGAUACUUUUGAAGAGGAAGAUGCAAUUUCAAUUGAACUUACUCAUGUACAGAGUAUUGAGCUUGUCCUGCCUCCUCAUGCAAACCAUCAUGGAAACACUUUUGGUGGCCAGAUCAUGGCUUGGAUGGACACAGUGGCGAGUAUUUCAGCAAGCUGCCUUUGUCAUUCAUACCCUGUCCUGAAAUCAGUGAACAUGUUUAAGUUCUGGGGACCCUCCUUUGUGGGUGACUGCCUCGUCUUCAGCACCAUUGUGAACAACACCUUCCAGAACAGUGUGGAGGUUGGUGUCCGUGUUGAGGCUUAUGACUGUGAGUGGAUCAAGGACCAGCCACGGCACAUUAACAGUGCAUUCCUCAUCUUUAGUGCUGUGAAUGACAAAGGACAGCUGCUCCCCUUCCCCAAAGUCAAACCUACAACAGAGGAUGUUAUGAGAAGAUACCACGGAGCUAUUGCCCGAAGGAGAAUUCGUCUAACCAGAAAAUGCAUACUGUCUGCUAAAGGAGACAAACCUUCUGAACCCUGGGACAGAAGCAACCAAGUAAUCUACAUGUGUCUUAUGUUUCAGGCACUGACACACCUGGCAGCAAAACCAGGAUGGGAAAUAACCAGGACGCUGGAUGAUGUAAGUGCAUCAUUGUGGAGGUUUAGGCCUAUGACUAGAAAUAGACCCAAAAUAAUCAAGACAAGAUACUACAAGUGUGAGGCAAGAGAGGCCUUUGGUGAAUAUUCUCUUAAAGGAGAAGCACUUUCAGGUAAUUAUUCCAUCCUGAAAGGUUUUUACCAGGGCUUGUGUGUGUGUGCUACAUGUAUUUGCAGGACUUGUGAGGUCCUGCAGGCUGUGAGUGAAGAGGAGAAAAUAUAUUAUGUGAUGUCUCCCCCCACAAGGGGCUACGAACCCAGAGACUUUGUGAUUCUCGUGUCUCAAAGGCAACCCUGCAAGCCAGAUGAACCCUACACCGUGGCUGUGAGGUCGGUGACCCUCAGGGCAAUGCCCCCAUCCCCAGAGUUCUCCAGGAGUGAAGUCCUUUGUGCCGGGUUCCAGAUACAUACCAGCACGAGUAGCUCCUGUACCGUGUGUUACUUCAAUGAAGUGACAUCAGGCGUGAUGCCUUACUUAGCUGCAAAUCUCGCCAGCUCAUCAAAAUCCAUUGAAGACACAGCUUUGGAAUGUAUAAAGUUCUUGGAGAUGAAAGGCUGCAUGUACUAAAAUUAAAAACAGAUUUCUGAAGGGACGUCUGAAGAUUAUCCAGCAAUUCUAGUUUAAAUUCCUGCAAGUGUGUUGAUCAUUUUUCUACAGGUUACUUAAGUUGGAUCAUGUAGCCAGUAUUUGGCUUGAACCUGAGAAUACCUUGUACAAGCAUCUGCUAUCAAGUUGAGCUUAGGCUUUAGGAUCCAAAUUCAAUUUUUAAUUUAAACAAGAUUAAGGGACAGAUUCUGCUUUUGAUUGCAUUAAUGAAUUUUGUAUAAAUGGAAGCAGAACUUGGCUCAGUGGAGCUGUAGCUCAUGAGACCGUUUCCCUGUUUUAAUGUUAUAUUGUAUGAAAAGGCAUCUGGGCAGUUUUAAAUCUGUAAAUACCACCCCUUGUAACCUGCAAACCAGUGCUACCAAGUAGCUUUCCCUGUGCUCUGACCUGGCUGUCCAAGUCUUUGCACCCCCAUUAUUUAUAAACUGAUGACAGCCCAUGUAAAUUAGAGUUUGCUGCUUUUAAUACUUGUCUGUUUAUGUGUGACUUCCAAUAAAUUAUUGUU